AGAGAAAGAGAGAGAGAGAGAGCUCUACAUGAAGUCUGAUUUUAUCAUGGUGGAAGCAAAACAGCAAAAGUAAGAGGAAAUUCGUGACGAUGUUUAUGCGAAGCAAAAUGUGAAGCGUAGUUUGGAUCGCCUUUGGCUGCUGGUUUAGUCAAUAUUGUUUGGAGAGAGAUAAAACCUGCAGCUUCAGAAUCUAGCGCAAAAAGGACGUAAACAGAAAGCGCCCACCGACGCUUCAAAAUCAGUGAGCUGUUGGCUUUCAGCCCCGUGUCCGCGUACGUACCAUCGGGUGAGAAAAGCGACAGCUCACUGAUUCGGAUGCGUUGGGUCCGCGUUUUGUGUUUACGUCUUUGUGCAGAAUCCGUGUGCCUGCUCUCAUUUACUGUUUUAGCUGUUUGGUGUUGUAGAAAUUUUGUGAGGUUUAACCUGAGAUUCUGGCGUUUCGGGCAAAAUAAAUUUAUUUUUAAAAAUCGAUUCAGAAUUUUAAUGAAUCUAUAUCACAUUAUCCAAGCCAGAAUCGAUUUUAAUCGAUAAAUCGAUGAUCAAAACCCACCCCUACACCUCACACCAUAUCGACCAGGAGUGGAGACUCGUGUCUCAUGUCUUACAGACAAGAACCACUGAAGCAAGCCACACAGCAGUUAAUUUAUCUGAAAUUAGGUUCAAAGCAAUCGAAGAAUUGGAGCUUACAAACAAAACUCCAGUCAUCGUAACUGACAAUGCUGCAAAUAUGGUGUGAGCUGGAAAUAACGGGCUGGUUGCACAUUGGUUGUUUUGCCCACACACUCAAUUUAGCUUCACAAGCAGGACUAAAAGUUCCAGCUGUUGCUCAGCUGCUUGGCCGAGUGAGACGCAUAGCAUCCUUUUUUCAUCGCAGCACUGUUGCAAGUCGCAAGCUUAAAGAGAAGCAAAAGAUACUGAAUCUACCUGCCCAUAAGCUGGUGACUGAUGGGGUGACCAGAUGGAACAGCACGUUGGAGAUGCUGGAAUGCUUCCUAGAGCAACAACCAGCAAUCUCUGCAGCUCUACUCUCACCUGAAGUGAGGAGAAGUGACAGUAAUCUCUGUACUCUUACAGAGGCUGACAUAACUGAUGGAGAAGAUAUAGUGAAAGCUUUGAAGCUGCUGAAAGCAGCCACACUGGUUAUGUCUGAAGAAAAGUCCCCAACCCUUUCCAUCAUUGCACCUCUGCAUGCACAACUGCUGGAGAAGAUGAUCAGUGUCUCUCACGACUCUUCACUGAUUAAAGACCUCAAGACUGCUGUACACGACAACAUGAAGUCAAGAUAUGGGGCCCUAAAGGACAAGCUGUACAUUGCAUCAGCAUUAGAUCCUCGCUUUAAGGCCCUGCCAUUCUUGUCCAAAGAGGCCUGUAACAACACAUUCUCUCAGUUGGUGUUGGAAGCAGCAGGUUUGGAGAACGUGGAUACAGCUAUUGUGAAUUACAGAAACAAAAACAAAAAAAUUAUUGGUUUUUUACACUACUCGAGUUAGAAUAUAAAUAGUAAUUUCUUUAUUAAUGAAGUUUUCAUUUUUCUACAGAGAGAGUCUGAUGGUGACACAUCUGAGGAAACUGUCCCUGACAUCUCUCUUGGUGGUGUUGAUGAAGUGGAUUAUGCCCCUCCAAUUAAGAGGUCAAAGGACUCUGCAUUAAUAUGUGUGAGACACUAACAGCAAAAGUAUUUCUCUGAGGUUUUACUGAUGUUUACAAAAGAUAUGUUCUAUUUGCACUGGAUCCCUGAUCCACUUGAAAUGUUAAGUUGCUUUUAAAUGUAUGUAUGAAAAUAAAUAUAUACUAAUGUUAAUUAAAAAGUACAUUAUUGUAACUGCUUUAGUAUCUGUUCUUAAUUUUGAAAUUUAUAUAUUUCAUUCACAAGGCUUAGAGGGUUCUUUUGACAGUACAUAUACAAGAUGAAUUAUCAUAAUUUUAUAUAUAUUCUGGUUCAUAUAAUAAUAUUUUGGACUGAUUCAAAAUCGAAUCGAAUUGAAUUGAAUCGUGGAUUGAAUCGAUUUGGGACCUUGUGAAUCGGAAUUGAUUCUAGAAAUCAGUGACGAUACCCAGCCCUAAAUGCAAUUUAAAGUAACAGAGUUGGCAAAAGCCAAUAUAAACUAAAUGUGACAGGAGACAUUUGGUGCAAGUCCCUUCAUUAUUUAAAAAAAGACUACUGUUAACAAAAUAAUGAAACUAAGCUUCCACUUCAGCAACUUAUCAGUGACAGGUGUUUUUUUAAUUAUUGUGUUUUUUAAAUUAAUGUAACUUAUAGUUGAAGUAUAUCAGUAGAAUAUUCAAGAAUAAUUAUAUAAGAAUCAUUUUACUGUCACCUCUCUAAUUCAA